AGUCCUGCUCAGCUAUAACAAAUUAUUAUUUUUCGUCUAUAAAAUGUAUAGUGAGUGCACCUCAUCAUCAGCAUCUCUUACCAUCUCUCUCUUAUUCGAUUUGACCAGACGACAUCCAUCGUUAUCAUGUCUCUUCGCGGUGUUUAUUUUAUUUCGAGCACAAAAAAUUCUCCUAUGACCAUCAACCUGGAAGGAGGCUCGAGGACAGAUGGUGCAGCAGUAAAUGGGUGGCAAAAGUACCCGUGGAUGGCCGCUACGGCUAAUUUCCCGUUAAGCCAGCUCUGGCUCCUCCAGUUGGCUAAGGGGGAGACCGACAUGUAUACCAUCCGAAACCUCCAAGGCGGGACUUAUAUGUGCCUAGCUGAGGGUCCGGAUAAUGGUGCACCCAUCAUCGGCCGGGUACCGACAGGCGCAGAGGGAAACCGACGGUUCUGGAUCAUCCGCCAAAAGAAUGGCUCAGGGCCAUACAUGAUCCAGAAUGUGCAUACCAAAACGUUCGUCGACCUCAACCGCGGGGGCACCGUCAAUGGGACUAGGAUCCAGGGAUGGAACGGCGAGGGCGGCCAGUGGAGUUACAAAGGAGCUAACCAACUCUGGGACUUCGAACGAGUCAGCCGUUCUGGGCCAGAAGUCCACACCAUUCUAAAGGAGAGCCCGAAUCUCGCACAAGACUUCGCAAGUUACAAGGUCGACGGAGAAUACCUUAUCCUCCCACAAGCACUUCUUUCUGAAAUAUGGAAGGGUUCAACCCUUCCCGGGCGAAAAUGGCGCGCGGAUAUUUUUGACUGUGAUGAUUUUGCGGCCGUGUACAAAGGCUGUGUUGCCACCUGGGGGGACGACAGUAUCCACGCAGAUGGUGUGAGCCUGCUCUGCGGCUUAAUGCUCGGAAGGUCCGAAUCACACAGCAAACCGGGGCAUGCGUAUAACUUCACCUUGUCUAAUGACUGUCUUCGUGUUCUGUUUUUCGAGCCUCAGGACAACACGUUCAAGAAUGAUAACGGUUACAUCCCCUACUUGGGAUAUUUCUGAGUUGUGUUAUGCCAUUCCUGAAGCGUGUGUUGGAAUUUGCACCAUGUACUACCAUCGUUCGACCAAAGUUGUAAAAUCAAGAAUCUCAUUUUCAU